AUGAGUAAUAUAAUACCUUUUUCUAAUGAAAACGCGGAAAAUAAUGAUGACGACGACGACGGUCGUCCCGUUGUCGUAGACACAGAUCCUACUGGCCGGUUUGAACGAUAUGAAGAGUGUUUGGGUAUUGGAGCUUACAAGGAAGUGUUUAAAGCGUUCGACCAAGAGGAAGCCGUUGAAGUUGCAUGGUGCCAGCUGAAAGCAAGUUUUUCGGGAAGAAAGGACGUAGAAAAGAUAUUGAACGAAAUCUCGAUUUUGCAGUCAUUGCGCUGCGAAAACGUCAUUAACUUUUACGCAUCCUGGGCAAAGAAGGGAUCCGACGGGAGAGAUCAUAUUAUAUUCAUAACCGAACUCAUGACUUCAGGCACGCUCAAGCAAUACAUAAAAAGAACCAAGGGCCUUCUUAAACCUAAACUUCUUAAGCAAUGGGCUCGUCAGAUAUUAAAAGGCCUGAAUUAUCUACACACGCGAAAUCCGCCAAUUAUCCACAGAGAUCUCAAAUGCGACAAUAUUUUCAUCAAUGGAAAUAAUGGCCAGGCCAAGAUUGGUGAUCUCGGUCUAGCAAUAAUCAAAAACAGAGACCACGUAUCAUCGGUGCUUGGAACGGUAGUAUAUACUACUUUGGGUGAAUUUGUGCUUCUUCCCGAAUUUAUGGCGCCUGAAUUAUAUGAGGAGAAAUACAACGAAAAGGUGGACAUCUAUGCGUUUGGAAUGUGCAUACUCGAGUUAGUAAGUAAGGAGUAUCCAUAUUCUGAAUGUAAUAACCAGGCACAGAUCUUCCGCAAGGUUACGUCCGGUAUAAGGCCACAAGCACUAGAUAAAAUAAAGGAUCCGAAAACAUUGGAGUUUGUAGAACUCUGUCUUAGGUUUGAUCCAAACGAGAGACCUUCGGCUGCUGAACUUUUGGAGCAUGAAUUUCUGCGAGAGGACCCAAAGGAUUCCGUUAGCAUGAUUAACGAACCAAUAGCUGUAUCAGAACAAACACAAGCAACUUCGCCAUUAUUAUCUGUAUCAUAUGAUCAAAAUACCCCAGAGACAUUAAUAGCCACUAUAUCGCCACCGAAUCCGCAAAUUAUACAGCAUUCGACAACUGAAACUAUUACUAACGAAACCGCAAAAGUGAAAGCUCAAUCGGACAACACUAACAUUGAGCCAUAUGACCAGAAAAAACAGCUACCACCCCCUAAUUUGUCAAUUGCAACCAAAACCAUUGAUGCAGAAAGCAAAACUUACCAAGUACGGUCAGCUACUUUUCCGCCACCACGACAUGCUCAACAACUAAUAACGGACGCGUCUGUCGACCGGAACGUUCAGGGAGAGGAUUUAUUUAAAUGUGAUGUCAAAAUUGUAGAAAAACUCACACGAGAAGAAGUUACACUGAAAAUGACAAUAACGGAACCAGGACAACCAGAAAUGGAGAUUAAAUUUCCAUUCAAUUUAGAAGAGGAUACGAUUCAGAACGUCGUGGCCGAGAUGGUACGUGAGUCAAUUUUGAAACCGGAAGGACAAAUGUUGGCGCAGCGAAAAAUCGAAGAUAUUGUUAGACAGCCGCUGUUGCUGCAAUCACAAGAAUCAUAUUCUAGUCUUCCACGAUCGAGAACAUCCUCUAUCCAUGGUCAAACAGAACGUUUUCAUGAUGGUGCACCUGACGGCUCGUCAGGAACGACUCCUACAAAAGUAACUGCCAGUGCUAAUGGAUUUCCCUCGCCGAAUUAUUAUUCCGACAUUUCGUCAUCGUAUGGAAGCAUGGAAUUACUUCAAACGACCUCUCACCACGGAAUUUCUUCAUCUGUCGAGAGCCUCCCGCAUACUUCAUCGACUCGACCUUCGUGGGAAAAAGAAGCCGACGACGAGGUCCGAAAAGUACUUAGUCGCAAUGACAGAAUGAAUGAUAGUUUUCUCCAACCAGCAGGUACUCAACUUACGUUACCAGCCGAAAGAUCUGUAACAGAAUCCGUGGCUCAUGAAAUUCCCGUACAAUCGCCGAGCACCAUGGGGACCACGUCACGCACGACAGAGGAUUUCUUUUCAGGACAUUCAAUAAAAAGACGAUCAUCUUCUUUGUCAUCUGCUCUGCCAGCUGAAGUUAUAGCGCAACAAGUUUCCUCAUCUGCCAUACGACCCGAGACAGUUGCUACCGCUGUUGGAAAUUCACUUGUGCCUAGUAUGAAUGAACCGACGGCUACUGAAUCAUUGUUAAAAUCUCCACUACGCCUUCCUGCUCGACCGUCUUCAGAGGGAACUGUGGAACAGCUAGCAAUUCGUACAGAUCCUUAUCGUGUGCAAGAGUUGCUUGAGACAGAUGCACACACCGGUUCUAAUUUCGUACCUACAGAGUCAUAUGAUAGUGAAGGAAUGCUAGUCAUCGGCGAACCGCAACACGUACGGCAUGCAAAUUCUUCCGGGCCACAGUCUCCUGCAAUAGUGCCUACUAGAGACGACCGAGCAAGAAGAAGUUCUAAUCCUCUUAUGCCUAAUUUCUCUAUAUAUUAUACGAAUACACCCCAUCAUAUCGACGCAUAUCAUAUGUCGCAUGAGCAUCUAGUGAGAAAAAUGCCGACUUCGUCGACCGGGUCGCUUUCGUCCGUUCAUUCGAUCGGUGCUCUAGACAGUUCAAUUGUACAGUCGGACUUUUUGUUACGUGAGCAUCUUCAUCCCGAAAAUUUACAGGGAACGAUUGAUGGGUCGGGAUUGAAGACAGGAGUGAGUAUUGGAUUGGGGAUAGCCGAUGCUGGAUAUACAUCUAAAUCUCACGUAUCUGAUUUGAGAGAGAGACAGAGGAGAGAAACGCAAGAACUACAAGCUAAACAUGAGCAGGAAUGGGCCGUCCUAAUACAUCGCAGAAAAAUGCGACAUAAAUCCCCCCAUGUAAAGGCCACUUCGUCUGUCGGAAGAUCUGCUAUCUCCCCACUGAUGCAUCGACCAGUAUCCGAAAUGUCAGACCAUCAGGUUGGUAGUACAUCAUCUGUAUCUUCGACAUCAUCGCAUGGAGAUUUGCGGGGCAUCUUUUAA